CUCAGCUUCCCCCAAUUUAAAUCCCUCUCAGUUUCUUCCUUCGAAUCUGCACUCUCUCUUUCCCAGAAAACCACCAUGGCCGGAGGUGGCGCCGGAAGGUCCUUGGAAGAGACGCCGACGUGGGCCGUCGCCGUCGUUUGUUUCGUUCUGGUUCUGAUUUCCAUAAUCAUCGAACACAUUCUCCAUCUCAUCGGAAAGUGGCUUAAGAAGAAGCACAAACGAGCUCUUUACGAAGCUCUGGAGAAGAUCAAAUCUGAGCUGAUGCUGCUGGGGUUCAUUUCUCUGCUCCUAACGGUCGGACAGAGCUUAAUCACUAAUGUUUGUAUACCCCCAGAAGUCGCCGCCACGUGGCAUCCAUGCAGCCCUAAAAAAGAGCUGGAGUUAACCCAAGCUCAUGACUCAAUCGACUCCGACAAUAGUCGCCGGAAACUUCUCGCCAUGUCCCCUGUUAAUGCCACUUUCCGCCGUGUCCUCGCCGCGGCCGGUGGAUCCGACAAAUGUGCUGAGAGGGGGAAAGUUCCGUUCGUGUCGGAAGGAGGAAUCCAUCAGCUGCAUAUAUUCAUCUUCGUAUUGGCCGUUUUCCAUGUUCUGUACUGUGUCUUAACUUUAGCUUUGGGUAAUGCUAAGAUGAGGAGCUGGAAGUCGUGGGAAAACGAAACGAGAACGGUCGAGUACCAAUUUUCACAUGAUCCAGAACGAUUCCGUUUUGCAAGAGACACGUCGUUCGGGCGAAGACAUUUAAGUUUCUGGACCAAAUCGCCCUUCCUCAUGUGGAUUGUUUGUUUCUUCCGACAAUUUGUUCGGUCUGUUCCUAAGGUUGAUUACUUGACUUUAAGACAUGGUUUUGUCAUGGCACACCUGGCACCGCACAGCGAUCAGAAAUUUGACUUUAGGAAAUACAUAAAGCGAUCGCUGGAAGAAGAUUUCAAGGUGGUUGUCAGUAUCAGCCCACCCAUCUGGUUCUUCGCUGUCCUCUUCCUGCUUUUCAAUACCCACGGGUGGAGGGCUUAUCUAUGGCUGCCAUUUGUGCCAUUAAUUAUUGUGUUAUUGGUGGGGACUAAGUUGCAAGUGAUAAUUACGAAAAUGGGCCUGAGGAUUCAGGAACGAGGGGAGGUGGUGAAGGGAGUGCCGGUGGUCGAACCGGGGGACGACCUGUUUUGGUUCAACCGGCCCCGGCUCAUUCUUUAUCUCAUCAAUUUUGUGCUCUUUCAGAAUGCCUUUCAGCUUGCUUUCUUUGCUUGGACUUGGAAAGAAUUCGGGAUGAAAUCUUGUUUUCACGAGCAUAUCGAGGAUUUGGUGAUCAGAAUAACGAUGGGAGUCCUCGUUCAAAUCCUAUGCAGUUAUGUCACGUUGCCUCUUUAUGCGCUAGUCACACAGAUGGGUUCGACGAUGAAGCCGACGAUUUUCAACGAUAGAGUAGCGACAGCGUUGAGAAACUGGCACCACACGGCUCGCAAACACAUCAAGCAAAAUCGGGGGUCGAUGACGCCGAUGUCGAGCCGCCCUGCUACACCCUCCCACCACAUGUCACCAGUGCACCUUCUCCGCCACUAUCGAAGCGAAUUGGACAGUUUCCAUACCUCUCCUAGAAGAUCAAAUUUCGACAACGACCAAUGGGAUCCAGACUCUCCUUCGCCAUCGCACCAUUUCCACCAUCGUCCUCUCGAUGUCGAAGGCUCCAGUUCCCACAAACACCACUUCCAUCGCAACAUGGAGGUCGGCGAAGCCGAUGUUGACAGGGAUUCACCCCAAAUCGACUCGACGACCCAGACUCCAAAUUCGAAUGCGAAUAAUAACGGUGAGCAGCACGAGAUUGACGUGGGCCCGAAGGAAUUCUCGUUCGAUAGAAGAGUCGAUGGAGUAUGAAGCUAAUUUGAUUUAAUUAAUUUUACUUUUUGGGAUGAAAUUGAAUAGAUGGGGUGAGGCUAAUGAUUGGAGUCAUUCUUUUUAAAAUGAUACAAUUUUGACGCAUUAUUGUGUAAAUUAUACGUCACUUGGGGUGAGGAGAGGAAUGGUGAGGGUAUUAUGGUAAAAACCGAAGGAAAAUGGUUGAGAUUUGUAGAAUAAUUUAUUGUUGGUUGAUGUAAAUGAAAGGUACAUUUUAAUUUUA